AUAUUUUAGGCUCGUGGGAACAGAGAGAGAGAGAGAGAGAGAGAGAAAGAGAAAGAGGUAAACAAGGCAGACUAAACUAGAGGCAUGGAGCAGUGUGUGUCAGACCUGAGGGCGGAGCGAGAGAGGUGUUCCUUCAAGCAGAGUGAGAUAACACACCUUCUCGAUGGAGGAGAGGAGAAGACCAUGCAGAGGAGGAAGAUUGAGUCGGUGUUUUUAUCAGACCCAGCGUUCCUGGACACCACACGGCCAGAGUACCUGAGCCACACGGAGAGGUAUGCUAAUGAGUUACGGAAAGCGUGUUACAUGAUCAGGAAGUUUAAUGAAGAUGAGGAGAUACAGCAGCUGGUUGGACAGAUGGAUGGGAUUAGAACUUUAAUGGGGUCUGGCCUGGGUGUGGCUCUGACCAAGGACGGUAAUCCACUUGCACUCCACUUUGUAAUGUUCAUGCCAGCCAUAAUGGGCCAAGGAACAGUGGAGCAGCAGGGCAAGUGGAUGGGAAGGGCGUGGAGUGGCGAGAUCAUUGGAACAUAUGCGCAGACAGAGCUAGGUCAUGGCACCUUUCUACGGGGCCUGGAGACAACCGCCACUUAUGACCCGGCAACACAAGAGUUCGUCCUCCACUCACCCACCAUCACUGCUACUAAGUGGUGGCCGGGCGGACUUGGCAAGACAGCGAACUAUGCAGUGGUGAUGGCGCAGCUGUACACAGAGGGGAGGUGCCACGGCCCCCACCCCUUCAUUGUGCAGCUCAGGGACGAGGACACACACCAGUCCCUGCCAGGCGUGACCCUGGGAGAGAUCGGCCCUCGUCUAGGAAUGAACACAAACGACAACGGGUUCCUUCGCUUCAACCAUCACCGCAUCCCACGCACACACCUCCUCAUGAAGCACUCACAGGUGUUGGAGGACGGCACAUAUGUGAAGCCAGCGAGUAACAAGCUGGCGUACGGAACAAUGGUGUUUGUACGAGUGGCCAUCUGCUUUGACACUUACAGACAACUUCAGCGAGCCGUCACCAUUGCCACUCGCUACUCUGCCAUCCGCCGACAGUCUGAGCUGGUGCCAGGACAGCCCGAGCCACAGAUCUUGGAGUACCAGACACAACAACACAAGUUACUGCCUCUCAUCGCCACAGUGUUCGGGAUCCACUUUGCCGCCCAGAGUGUGUGGCAGACCUACAACGACGUCACUGGCAGUAUUCACCAAGGGAACCUGGACCUGCUGCCGGAGCUCCACGCCCUCUCUUGCGGUCUCAAGGCUUUAAGUUCAUCUGACGCAGCAAGCGGUGUUGACACUUGCCGACUUUCAUGUGGUGGUCACGGAUAUCUGGCCUCGUCAAACCUCCCUCGCAUCUACACCACCACCACUGCCGCCAUCACCUAUGAGGGCGAGAACACCGUCAUGUGGCUUCAGGUGGCAAGGUACCUCAUCAAGUCAUUCCGAGAGGCAAGACAGGGACAAACUCUGAGGCAUUCUGUGUCAUACCUCAGUCCACGUCCUGCCUCCACACACACUCCACCUCAGGCCCUCUCCAAUGCUGCGCUGGUGGAGGCGUUCCGAGUGGCUGUGUCUCAUUUGGUGGAGGAGGCAGCGACGCGACUCCAGGGCCACUGUGACGCUGGGAAGAUGUUUGAGCUGGCCUGGAAUGCUUGCUCUGUUCAGCUGGCCAGGUGUGCACAGGUGCACAUCCGUUACUUCACCUGCGAGGAGUUUCUGCGAGGGGUGGAGCAGGCGGAGGUGAGUGUGGAGACCCGUGGAGUGCUGAUGAGGCUGUGUCGACUCUACCUGGUCUUCCACAUCAUCGGGAAUCAGGGCGACUUUCUCAGGAGUGGCGCCCUGACCUCCGCUGACCUUGCCGGACUAGAAGAGGAACUGGCUGACCUCCUGGCUGCCCUCCGCCCUGAUGCUGUGUCUCUGGUGGUCUUUGACAUCCACGACCGCAUUCUGGACUCCACUCUGGGCUGCUGGGACGGCAAUGUCUAUGAGAGGCUGUUUGAGGAAGCCAAGAAAAGCCCCUUAAACCAGAAAGACGUGCCAGACGGUUACGACAAAUACCUCAGACCUCUUAUGAAAGCCAACCUCUAGACACACACACACACACACACACACACACACACACACACACACACACACACACACACACUUUUAAUCUUAGUAUUUGUGGACCAGAAAAUUUGAAGAGAGCAUUUAAAGAGAGAGAGAGAGAGAGAGAGAGAGAGAGAACAUGUAAGGAGAGAAAUAGAAAAUAGAAAAUGUGUGAGGAAAGGAGAGAAGAAUUAACAGAAGAUAAGUGAGAGAGAGAGAGAGAGAGAGAGAGAGAGAGAGAGAGAGAGAGAGAGAGAGAGUUAGCUUUCUAAUCGCACAAAGGUUUUCAGAUAGGCAAAGUUAAUAGCUGAUGCAAUACCUGUGAAAGAAAGAAAUGAAUAUAUAGAAGAGAGAGAGAGAGAGAGAGAGAGAGAGAGAGAGAGAGAGAGAGAGAGAGAGAGAGAGAGAGAGAGAGAGAAUAUUAGAGUUAGCUUAAUAAUGUACAGGAUAUACACAUGAGGUGAAAACAUGACAGUGUCUAAUUGUUGUGGGUUAUAUAAAGAAGAGUUAUUGAGUCAGUGAGUGAUUGACAUUUUAAGUGUAAUGUGGCAACCAAUGUACAGGAAAGAUGCAUGAGGGCUGAAAUAUAACAUAGACUAGACUAGAGGGUGUUGUGGAGGUGUUGUAGGGUGUUGUAGGGGUGUAUAGUUGUUAGUGCCGAGAAUUAUAGUUUUUUGUUAGUUUUGGGUGUUAUGUGUGAGUGUGUGUGUGUGUGUGUUGUUUGCCUGUCUGUCUGUGUGUUUGUCCAUCUAUACAGUGCCUGGCUGGGUGUGGUGGUUGUUCCCUCAUGCCAGGCACGCUGUAUGGUGACCCCAGCUGUGUUAUAACCAUGUUGAGUAAAUACUAAAUACUUUAUAUCAAUUUA